AUGAAGGUUUUCACCGCCCUGAUCAUCAACUUGGCUCUUGCCUCCAGCGCUAUUGCUGCUGCUGUCGACAGCCGCAUGGCUCUCUCCGGCCUUGAGGAGCGUGCUUGCGGCGCCAAUGGUGUCGCUUGCCUCGCCCAAGCCGACUGCUGCCUCUACUGCAACCCUGAGGCCGGCUGGACCUGUACCGACGCUCCCAGCGGUUGUGUUGCGACUGGUCUCGUCCCUGCAUUCGGUCAGAAUUCUUGCUGCACCAGGGCCGUGGAUGCGAAUGGCGCGUGCACUUGA